AUGUCCAUUGACGUUGGUGAUUUUGGUCGUAACAGUGACGGAGGAAUUUUAAGAGAAUCGAAUUUUGGAAAACUAUUAGAUUAUAAUAAAUUACUUUUGCCUUCGCCGAGAAAAAUGCAUGGAAAUGUUGAAGACGAAUUUGAAUUUGUAUUUGUCGGGUAUGACGCGUAUCCGUUAAAAAAAAAUUUGAUGCGGUCAUUUGCAAGAAAACAAUUGACAAAUCCGAAGCGAAUUUAUAACCAUCGCCAAUCACGUGCGGGAAGAAUAGUAGCAGAGUGUGCUUUCGGUAUAUUAACAAAAAGAUUUAACGUAUUUGAAAAUAAAAUGUUAGUUAAUCCGGAGAAUUAUACAAUUAUGACUCAAGCUGCUUAUGUAGUUAAUAAUUUAACCGUGGACAAAGAACAUAAUAUUUGA